UCAGAGGAUGCGACAAACCUGGCAACCCGGAGACGCAAUCUGUGUCAAUUGCCGGGCGACGUAGUGCGAAUAAAGGCCGUAGCCUAUUUCUCACUGGGGCUUUUAUGUUUAAACGUGUGAAGCCGCUUUUAGCCCAAUUUGUCUACGUGGCCGGUUGAUGAUUUAUCUCUCGGUUCGCCUGUUGCUGCCUUCUGUCCGGCCUGUGUUGCGUAGUUGCCGUGUUUAAUGACAGGUGUCUAAGGUACAGAGCCGACAGGAUGACGCCUUUCUCCGUGAUCGUUCGGUGCAAAAGUGAACGGCUGUUGGUGUAGGUUCAGAGGAGCUGCAGAGGGAUUAUUAAGCAGCGGAGGAGACCUGUCUGGCAGAUAAAGAUGGUGUUUCGGAGUGAGGAGAUGUGCUUGGCGCAAUUGUUCCUGCAGUCCGGCUCUGAAUAUGACUGCAUCAGUGAGCUCGGAGAGCUGGGUCUGGUCGAGUUUCGAGAUCUCAACCCAAGUGUCAGCUCAUUCCAGCGUCGCUUCGUCAGCGAAAUCAAGAGAUGUGAGGAGAUGGAGAGGAUUCUGGGUUACCUUCUGAGGGAGAUUCAAAAGGCUCGUAUAGCCGUUCCUGAGGAGGAUGAGAGUCCACUUGCACCUCCCCCCAGACAAGUCCUAGAGAUCAUGGAGCAGCUUCAGAGGCUGGAGAUGGAGCUCAGCGAGGUAGCGAGAAACAAAGAGAAGCUGCGGAGGAACCUCCUGGAGCUCACGGAGUACACACACAUGCUGAAGAUCACGCGGACCUUCAUACACAGCCGCUCGAGACAUGAGGCUCUUGGUCCCCAGUAUGAAGAAUUCCCCACCAUGGAGACAGACUCGGUGACAGGAUGCACCGGUAUGCAAAGACUUGGAGCAAAGCUGGGGUUUGUUUCAGGUCUUAUCCAACGGGUGAAGGUCGAGGCCUUCGAGCGCAUGUUAUGGCGAGUUUGUAAGGGUUACACCAUCCUCAGCUACACAGAAGUGGAUGAGAACCUCGCUGAUCUCGACACUGGUGAGAUAAGCAAAAGUGUUGUGUUCCUCAUCUCUUUCUGGGGAGACCAGAUUGGACAGAAAGUUCAGAAAAUCUGUGAUUGUUACCACUGCCAUCUUUAUCCACACCCUGAGAAUGACGAGGAGAGGGCAGAUGUGUUGGACAGCUUAAGGACACGCAUCCAAGAUCUUAACAAUGUGCUGCACCGCACCGAGGACUACCUGAGGCAGGUUCUGCAGAAGGCCUCGGAGUCGGCAUAUACCUGGGUUGUGCAGGUGAAAAAGAUGAAGGCAAUCUAUCAUAUCCUCAACCUCUGCAGCUUCGAUGUUACCAACAAGUGUCUGAUUGCUGAAGUGUGGUGUCCCGUCAGUGACCUGGCAAACCUGCGGGGGGCACUAGAAGAAGGCUCGAGAAAAGGUGAUGCCACUGUACCGUCCUUUGUGAACCGCAUCCCAAGCACUGACACUCCACCUACCCUGUUAAGAACGAAUAAGUUCACGUCGGGGUUUCAGAGCAUUGUGGAGGCUUAUGGGGUGGGGGACUAUCGCGAGGUAAGCCCAGCUCCCUACACCAUCAUCACGUUCCCCUUUCUGUUUGCUGUGAUGUUUGGCGACCUGGGGCACGGGAUGGUAAUGAGUCUCUUUGCGCUGUGGAUGGUGCUGACGGAAAAGACGCAGAAGAAGAAACGAUCCAGUAAUGAGAUAUGGAUGACGUUCUUCAACGGACGUUACAUCAUCCUAAUGAUGGGGCUUUUCUCCAUCUACACUGGGCUCAUUUACAACGACUGUUUCUCCAAGUCUCUUAAUAUAUUUGGCUCUGGCUGGAGUGUCAACGCUAUGUUCACAAGUCAGCAGUGGACAAACAAAACGCUUCAAACAAACACUUUGCUCACGUUAGACCCCAAUGUCAGUGGUGUUUUCAGUGGGCCGUAUCCAUUUGGCAUUGAUCCUAUAUGGAACAUGGCAGUGAACCGGCUGUCCUUCCUAAACUCCUAUAAGAUGAAGAUGUCAGUCAUCAUUGGCGUCAUCCACAUGAGCUUCGGAGUGGUGUUGAGUGUCUUCAAUCAUUUGCACUUCCGACAGAAAUAUAACGUCUAUCUGCUGUUUCUUCCUGAGCUGCUCUUCCUGCUCUGUCUCUUUGGCUACCUGGUCUUCAUGAUUUUCUACAAGUGGUUGGCUUUUGGCGCACGAGACUCCAGCCAGGCUCCCAGCAUCCUCAUCCACUUCAUCAACAUGUUCGUCAUGCAGGGGAACAACAUCAGUCCUCUGUUCCCAGGACAGACUGGGCUGCAGAUUUUCCUACUUGUGAUAGCUAUGCUGUCAGUUCCUGUGCUGCUGUUAGGAAAACCUCUUUUCUUGUAUUGGAUGUAUCGUGGAGGCAAAGGCCUGGGCAGACGCAGAGGUUAUGAGAGGGUGCGGCGUGUGAGUGAGGAUGACAAUUCCACAGCACCAUCCUAUGAAGAUGAUGAAGAGGAGGGACUUGAUGAAAUGACCAGCAGAGAAGCUCUUCCCAAAGAGUUUGACUUUGCGGAUGUGCUCCUGCACCAGGCCAUUCACACCAUAGAGUACUGCCUGGGCUGCAUUUCUAACACAGCAUCCUACCUGCGUCUCUGGGCGCUCAGCUUGGCUCACGCCCAGCUGUCAGAGGUGUUGUGGGCCAUGGUGAUGCGUCUGGGUCUAAGGAUCACCACCAGAGUGGGCGUGGCGUUUUUAGUCCCUGUAUUCGGCCUCUUUGCCACGCUCACCGUGUCCAUCCUGCUGGUCAUGGAAGGCUUAUCAGCGUUCCUCCAUGCGCUCCGCCUCCACUGGGUGGAGUUUCAGAACAAAUUCUACCACGGGACCGGUGUCAAGUUUUUGCCCUUCGACUUCUCGCUUCUGCCCUCCGUUUUUGAGCAAGACGGCUUGCUUUAAGUGUCGGAUUUGAGCGGAAGCAGACUUUAUGAUCGGGAGGGAUGCUGGAAGUCGGAACAAUUCACACUGUGACAACGACAACAAACCUUCAAGACAAUGGAAACUCACUCUUGUAGCAAUGUUUUUCACCAUGACAAUUUUUAAAAUGUUAUCGGCUGUGCUGACUGCCUUACUACUCUACCCAGCAAACCUCUGAAUACACAGAGGUUCAAAAUUCUUCUUCUGUUGAUGAUUUAAUUUUGUCGUUGAGAUUCGGCUCAACACUACUCGUCACACCAGUUGGGUGAAUUCAAAUUUAGUUUGCAUUGUGCUGUGUACACUGGUUUUGUAUUAUUUACAUGGUAUUUAAAAUAAACAGUUAUACAGUGCAAUGUAAAGUUCAAAUAUCUACACCAAUAUCUACUGAAAACCAUAUCAAGCAUCCUGAUGUAGUGCCAUAGAGAUUUACUUUUGGUGAUGAUAAGGGGAUGCCUUUGGCUUUCUGCAGUUUUUUAAAAAACUGCUCCUCCAUGUGAUGAAAGAAAAGCUUUAGGCAUCGAAAUCCUCAAUAUUUCUCUGACAAAUAAUGAAGAAAGCACUUUGCAGAAAUGAUUGUACACUUAAAAGUUUUCACUGAUAACUGUGAUGAUGCCAAAUGAAAAUAAUCAACUGUUAGCUGUUUGCUUAUUUACUUAUUAAUGCAUUUAUUUAAACGUCCCCUGUAAUCUACAGAAAAAUAGCAAAUACUCCAGAAAAAGUUAAGAGGCCUUAGGUCUUUCUCUGAUGAUACUGCUUAUUGCGUUUGUUGAUGAUAAUUAGUCAUGGUAUUUAUUUAAAUUAUUGUCUGUAUAAGAGUCUAAUAUUUUACCAUUUUGAUGUGUUGAAUAAAGGUUUCAAGAAAUGCAAGCAAAUAAAGCAUUAAUGUUCAA